AACAUAACAAGUUUAAACGUGCGCACGCGCAGUUCGCUAGUAAAUUUUGUAAAACGAACACGACUAACGAUUUAAAUUUCGAACAGAUGAUCGCAGUGUUUUAAAAAUGUUUAAUAAUAUUUUUUCGAAUCCUAUAUUACGGCAAUAUGCCGUUGUGAUUAUAGUGAAUCUCAGCAUGCUAUGCGCUGGUUUAGGCCUGGCCUGGCCUUCACCAGUGCUGGUCAAGCUCAACAAUGCGACGGAGACUGUACUCCCCAGGGUCAUCACCGCCGAGGAGGGAUCCUGGAUAGUCUCCAUCGGAUUUCUAGCUGGAAUUAUAGCGAACCUCCUCAUUGGCACCACAUUAAUAGACCUGCUUGGCAGAAAGCCAUUCCUGAUCCUCGUUUGUCUGCCGAAGUUUGUGACUGGCUUCCUCUAUAUAUACGCUUCGGAAGUCUGGAUGUUGUUACUGGGCAGAGCGUUGGUGGGCAUAGCUGAUGCUGGAAUCUUCACCAUACUGCCUAUGUACUCUUCAGAAAUUGCUAGCAAAGAAAUUCGCGGCAGUUUGGGCACCAUACUCCAAAUCAUGUGCUCGUUUGGCGUGGUCACCAUGCUUUCCAUGGGACCAUUCAUAUCCUACACGACGCUGAACUGGAUCUACAUUGGCUUCAUCACAUUUACGACACUGCCGUUGUUGAUAGUACCUGACGGACCCUAUUCUUUGUAUUCUAGAGGUCACAAAGCUGAAGCACUGAAAGUCCUAACAUUCCUGAGAGGCUCGGAAACACAAGCAAAAGAAGAAAUAGCUGAAUUUGAAAAGGCCGAUGAAAUGAACACAGAAAGUGUCUCCAAAAAAGACCUAAUAAAGAACCGAUUAUUUUUGAAAUCGUUGAUCCUAGUCUUAACUUUGGGCUUUGGGUCACAAUUUGUGGGUUUCAAUGCGGUUUCUUUCUACCUUCAGACGGUCUUGGAGUCAACCCAGACGUCGGUUAGGCCUGAAAUGGCUUCUGUAACUAUUGGUCUUAUUCAGCUGUUUGCUAGUUUCUGUACCACUUUAGUAACUGAUCGAUUUGGAAGGAAGCCUAUAUUGUCUGUCACUUGUGUUGGCAUGGGAAUAGGAAUGUUUGGUUUGGGCCUGUUCUUCAAGUUGAAAGAAAGUGGUCCUGUGGAUGGUUUCAUGAACUACGUGCCACUAAUUUCACUGAUACUGGUCGUAUUCUGUUAUAGUGCAGGAAUCGGCUCCCUCAUGUGGGUGUUGAACGCAGAACUCUUCGACGGACCGUCCAGAGGAAUCGGAAUGUCAGUAUCUCUAGUUAUGACGACCCUAUUCCUAUUUUUGUUGACGAAAUAUUUCGCUAUUGUAUCCCUUUCUAUAGGACCAGCUAUAACAUAUUGGAUAUUUAGCGUAAAUUGUGUAUUGUUAUGUGUUUUCAUAAUGGUCUGUAUACCUGAGACAAAGGGGAGGACUUUUGCUGAAAUCCAAGAUAUUUUGAGAGGGAAGAAAGAGGAGAAUACUAAGUGCUAGACUGUUUUUAGAAUAAGUUAGAUUAAGGAUUA